ACACUCAUACAUAAUCACUUUGGUCGGCUGCUUUCUUCCUUUCUCCCUCCUCAUACACCUCUUUUCUCUUUAUAAAAAUCAACGGUUCUCCAAAUUUCUCAGUGGUUCGAGAGACGUAUCACAAAAGAAUGUUGCAGCACAAAGAACUCGCUCUUCAAAGAAGCUUCAGCUGCAACACAAGAAAGACCAGUGCAGAGACCUCUCCGGCGCGUAGGUUUCACUCCCGUUCUCGUUCCUCCUCCUUGAUCCCACCCAUCCCUGAGCAUGAACUCUUCCUCGUACCUUUCCAGAGCAUCAUCUCCUCCUCUAAACACAUAGUGAAAGUCAACGCGAAGCUUUCAUUCUUCUCACGUGCUAUUAUCAACCUCGUUAGCCUACCGCCAUCUUCUUCCUCCUCCUCCGGUGUUUCUAACCAGAUGAUCACCGGUAGAUCCUCUUCACUCGGGAGAAGGGUCACCGGGACUUUGUACGGACACAGAAGAGGCCACGUCACGUUUUCAGUCCAGGAAGGUCCGAGAACCGAACCAGUGUUUCUCUUAGACCUAGCCAUGUCAACGGAAACUCUAGGCAAAGAGAUGUCGUCAGGGCUCGUCAGGAUCGCGUUGGAGUGCGAGAAACGUCACCGUUCGGGGACUAAUCUUUUCCACGAGCCCAAGUGGACCAUGUAUUGCAACGGCAGGAAGUACGGUUCCGCGGUGUCGCGUGGAGGAGCGCGUACCGAGAUGGAUUGGCGCGUGCUGAAUACGGUGUCGAGUGUAACGGUUGGAGCUGGAGUUAUUCCGACGGAGAAUGACGUGUCAGGUGGUGGAACGGAGCUUGGAGAGUUGUUGUAUAUGAGAGGUACAUUUGAACGAGCCGUGGGGAGCCGUGAUUCGGAGGCAUUUUACCUGAUGAACCCUGACGAAAACGAAGGUCCUGAACUCAGUAUUUUUCUUCUUAGAUUGUGAAAGUAAAUGUUUUUCUUAAGAGAGAGUUAUUUCACUUUUAAAAAUAUUUGAAAAUGUAUUAAUUAACUUGUUAUUAUUUGGUAUUUUUAUUGUUGUUGUAUUCACAGCAAUUUUUUGUAUUUUGAUUUUUUUUU